UCUCAUGAUCUGUCUGUGAACUAAUUGAUUUUGACAAGUGUCCAUUUCAAAUCCCUUAUCUCGUGAUCCGUAACAGCCUUUGUCUCAUCCUCACUUUCAGAGGGGAUUUGCCACAAUAGAGAGCCUAAUAACAAUUCAGCUUGUAUAUGGACUUUUAUGUCAUUUUGGUCUUUGCUGAUUUGCAAAAAAAUUGCUGCAGGAAUUGGCUACGUGACCGAGGACUAACAUUUAUGGAUUUCGUAGUGUAGAGGGAAGCUGAAAAGUAGUUAACUAGGUCAAACAGGUUUGUGUAAUGUAAGUGAUUCUUUCAGUCUUUAGGGUGUUGGAGAAUAUAUUUCCACAAUGGGUCAGCGCCUAAGUGAGGAGAGUGACCCAGACAAGGAAAUUGAUGUGGCAGAGCUGCAGGAAUGGUACAAAAAAUUUGUUGUUGAAUGUCCAAGUGGGACGCUUUUUAUGCACGAGUUCAAGAGCUUUUUUGGUGUUACUGAUAACAAGGAGGCUGCAGAUUACAUUGAAAACAUGUUUCGAGCCUUUGACAAGAAUGGGGACAACACCAUUGAUUUCCUGGAGUAUGUGGCAGCCCUGAACUUAGUCCUAAGGGGUAAAUUGGAACAUAAGCUUAAAUGGACAUUCAAAAUGUAUGAUAAAGAUGGAAGCGGAUGCAUUGAUAAAACAGAGCUUCUAGAAAUUGUGGAGUCUAUUUAUCGACUGAAGAAAGCUUGCCAUGGAGAGCUGGAUGAAGAGUGCAAUCUGCUGACCCCAGACCAGGUGGUUGACCGGAUAUUUGAGCUGGUUGAUGAAAAUGGAGAUGGGGAGCUCUCGCUGGAUGAGUUCAUCGAUGGAGCACGGAGGGACAAGUGGGUGAUGAAGAUGCUGCAGAUGGACGUCAACCCUGGGGACUGGAUCAACGAGCGAAGGCGCAGUGCUGACUUCUAAAGCUGGAGCAUGGACUGUCAAUCUGUCAUAUACACACAACCUUAGUGUAUGACCAAUCCUGUUGUGAUUUUGUAUCCCUUGCAGUUUAUAUUUAUGUAAAAAAAACAAAACCCAACAACAACACCACAGUCAUGCUGGCAUUGUACUGUAUGCUGUCGUAUAAGAUUCAGAUGUAAGUUUAGUCCACAACAAUGUUAUAUUUUGCUUGUAAAGGAGCUAUUUAUUCAUUCAUUUCGGUUCAGGCUACACACUUAGCUGAGCUAUUGAGCAAUUAAACAACAGUAGUUUUGACCUUAUCUUAUGGCACCUAUGGUCUCUUAUGUCUGUUUAUGUGUCUGCACUUUAUAGAUGCUACAGGAUUAAGGCUUAAUUUACUGCAUAACAUACUGUAUUUUCCUUUUUUGUUUUGUGUUAUUCAAUAAACACACAUAA